CCCUCCCUCUCUUGGUAGACUAGUGAAGUCAUCUUUCCUCAUCUGCUCCUUUUAAGCCGUCAUUUUUGAGAGGGAGGUCCCUACGACGCAUAUACAAACACUCAGUCAAGCAUCCUCACUCGUCCCAACACGCUGCACUAGUAGCCAGCAGACAACUGACCUAUUCCUUCACACAGGAGUCGGCAUGGCUAACAAAGGUCCAUCCUUCGGCCUGAGCCGGCAGGUUCAGGAUAAGAUCGACAGCAAGUACGACCCUGAGCUGGAGCAGAUCCUGGUGGAGUGGAUCAGCCGUCAGUGUGGCUCCGGGGUGGGGAAGCCAGAGGCCGGCAAAACUGGCUUCCAGACCUGGCUGAAAGAUGGAUGUGUUCUUAGUGAACUGAUUAACUCUCUGUUCACCGGGGACAAGCCAGUGAAGAAGAUUGCGAGCUCACCCGCAGCCUUCAAACAGAUGGAGCAGAUCUCCCAGUUCCUCAACGCUUCCGAGAAGUAUGGCGUCACCAAGACUGACAUGUUCCAGACCGUGGACCUUUGGGAAGGUAAGGACCUGGCGGCGGUGCAGAGGACUCUGUCAGCUCUGGGCAGCUUGGCCAUCACUAAGGAAGAAGGCACAUACAAAGGAGAGGCUAACUGGUUUUUCAAGAAAGCCCAGGAGAACAAGCGAGACUUCUCAGAUGACCAGAUGAAGGCGGGCAAAAACGUGAUUGGCCUACAGAUGGGGUCCAACCAGGGAGCCAGUCAGGAAGGGAUGAGCUAUGGAAGACCCCGGCAGAUCAUGUAAAACCACUGAGCCAGAUACCCCUAACCUCCUCAGCCCCUGACACCUUCUUACAGCCUGUUAGUUUAACCGGUACACUACAACUCCCCUUUAACCUUACAUUUCUUUCUGCUUUAGAUUUUAGCUUCCCUCUAACAGAUACCCUCGACUUCCUGGUCUUGACACUUUAGUUUACACAGAGUUCACCAUGCUUUGUCCUUCCACUGCAGUUAGGAACAGUACUACCUUAGCAGUCUUCAGUGGAAAUAGUAACCAGAAAAAUGACCGAUGCAUUGCCUUGGUGGUAAAAACAAAACAGUGACAAUGUGCCAAACAUUGGGCUUUUCCUUUCUAAUAUAAAUCAGCACUGAUAUUACAGAUAACUGACCACUGUGUCAUCUCUGAUAGCCUCAAAACCAUGUUGGAAAUAAUAAUUAUUAAGUAUUCUAUUAGAUUUUAGAAACAUUGGUUCUGGAUUCCAACACAAAGAAAUCAUCUGUAUUUAGAUAGAUUGCAUAAGGGAUAUUCUUACCAAAUUGAAUAACAACAGAACCCACGACGUACCUUAACUUGGUAUAAUUUACAAUAUUGUUACUUGUUAAUUGUUCCUACCUACCACUUACCACAAUGCCUGCUGUAUCAGCGCCGAUAUUUUUUGUACAUUGUCUUAUUAAAUAAUGACUUUGAAAUACA